AUGAGUAAAGAUGACUACAUUAGAAAAGUUUAUGACCACCUCUCCAACAACAAAUAUUACGCAAAAAUGAAAACUGACCCUAGCAAAGACCUUAAAACUAAUAUCAACAGUUUCAUAGAAAUUUCUCUAUGUCACCACCACAUAAACAAAAACACGGCCAAAUUUAUAACACCACCUGAAAACACUAGAAUGCCCCUAUUUUACAUACUGCCAAAAAUUCAUAAGGAUGGCAUUCCAGGACGACCAAUAGUUUCAGCCGUUAACUCUAUAACUGAAAAUAUCUCAAAAUUUUUAAAUCUUUGCCUGCAACCUCUCUUACCAAAAUUAAAAUCCUAUGUAAAGGACAUCAAACAUCUAAUACAACGGUUACAAACCAUACCGGCACAAAAUGAACACGUUUUACUUGUAUCAGCAGACGUAUCCUCACUUUACACCAAUAUCCCUCAUCAAGAAGGAGUUGAUGCGUGUAUUCAUUUCAUUACAAAAUACAGAAACACACUGCCUUCAUUCACACCCAAUGAACAUGUAAUACGAACGUUGUUUUCGUUUAUACUGGAAAAUAACUAUUUCAUGUUCCUAAAUGAAAUAUAUCUGCAGUUACUUGGCACAGCCAUGGGUACGAAGGUGGCACCACCAUACGCAUCAUUAUUCCUGGGUCUUUUUGAGCAGACGACAUAUUCUUCAUAUGGGAACACAGUGAAGAAGAACUACACAAAUUUUUCAUAUAUCUAA